GUUGUAAACAUCAGUGUUCUGUGGUGUUAUUGCGUUGAGCUUAAGGUUGCAGUUUGACAUUCGAGUUCUUAAACGUUGUCGCUGCAGUUGCGUACAAAAUCAGUGUUGUUGUAACUGUCAAUGGAGAAAUGUUUCACGAAGUGGCUUGCACUUCAAAAGAAGACACUGUUUUUUUGGUCCACUGGCACACACAGAUGCAGAUUUUCCCGAUUAUUAAGUUCUUCAGAAGUUUCGACAGCUUUGCGGCCAUUUUAUUUUUCUGUGCAUCCUGACCUCUUUGGUCAGUAUCCAACUGAGAGGACAGUGAAUGAAAAUUCUCUCAAACAACUUAAUUCAUACCUCGAACUGCUGCAGCAAAAGCGACCAACAAGGCCAGCAACACUUACUUUUUAUCUGAGGUCUCAGAGUCCUAGUUAUGACAACACUGUAAAAGGUUUGUUUCGAACAGUGAAGAUUAAUCUUUCACACAGAGAUUUACGAAAAACUGUCCAUGGUAUUUUAAAGACGUGUAACUUACCAACUGCUUAUGUAGAGAGGAUACCUGAAAAAUCUGAAACCACAAGUCCAAAUGAAUUCAAGUUCGAUGCAGUAAAAUUUGAACAGAACGAUCCCAUGUAUGGAAGCUACAUUCUUAAAAGUAAAAUUAAAAAAGCAAAGGAAACAGAAACAUUAAGGUCCUGGCUGGAGGAAAAUGUAACUGUGGCUCGAGAGAAGCUGGCUGCUAGAAAGCCUGUAAGAACAGAAAUUGUAAGACUACAGGAUACAUUAAGAAAAUCUUUGGGCCUUAAAGCAAUAUUGUGGGACUGUGGCUGGAAUGUGACACACUUUCGUGGUUGCUUACAAAGUUUCCAGGCGUUGGUACGAAACCAUCCUGAAAUUGUUGGCGCUCUACAAGGAAGAACUCUGCUGUUUGGUAAUGACACUGGAGUGAGUCUGGAUGGACAUAUUAUGCUCAACAGUGGAGAAGUUAGGCACAAUUGGCUAGAUCUACUAAAAAAUUUGCACAAACAAGAUGAUGCUCUUCUACGAAUCCCUGCAUUUGAAAAGGCUGUAUCAAGGGUUCUUAAGGAUAUCAAAGUUGUAAGAAGGAAAUUUCAGCCAAAAGUGAUGGCAAAGCACUAUGAAAACCAUUUACGUCGUCUUAUGACGUCUCUUGGUGACUACAGAGGAAGAACUGGCUAUCCUAGGCACUGGCCCAACACACUGGAAAACUAUGAAUUAGUUGUAGAAACGGAAGCAGGCCCAUUGAUGUUGUCUCCUACUGGGCAGUUCAUAGUUCCUGCAUCAUGCCCUGGUUUUCUUGUUGUCAAUUUUAUAGACGGAAACAUGGAAAAAGCUGAAGAACUCCUUGUCUGCUACCAACAUGACAAACAUAUUGAACGAGACCUCUGUAAACAGUGUGAAGAGGUAUUUCAAUUGGAAGCUCUACAGAAAGAUGACAACAUAACACCUGAAUUGAUGAUAGAAUGUUGCACUCAGUUGCUGAAGAACGUGGAUGUCCUUGUACCAGUCCUGAAAGGUGUGCACUUGUGGGUUACAAACUAUUAUUCAGUUCUCUCUGGUGGAGAAAUGUGUAUACCCUGGAAUUGGAAAAUCUGAUUUUUUUGUUCAUAGAGUUCUUGAUUAAUGAGAGAAAUAUCUUAAAUAUGUGUAGAAUGAAGAAUGAUAAUGUUAUUUGACAAUAUGGCUUUACUUAACUCUGUAGCAAGUAAAUUAUUGUGAACCAUAUAAAUAUAAUCUGUAUAGUAUUAAAUGAAUGCUCAGAAUGUGAAAGGAAAGAUAAAUUGUUACAGAAUAUGUUUUUGUAUCACAAUGUACCUGAAAAUUAAAAUAGUUGUGUAUGUUGAA